GUAGAUAAAUUUUAAUUCCCAUCCUAAUUGUUCAUUAUUUUGACAAACUGAUGCUGUUUCAGGAGGAUUUCUGAUUACUUUCAACUUAUCAUCUAACGAUGAUGGAGAUAUAUCAUCGCCGUUAGAAGAAGGACACUUUCCAAUGGGACGUAUCGUGUCUGACAUGGUCAGAGAAGGAAAAGUCACAAGGGAGGAAUAUCUUGCAGCAAACUGGAAUGGCUACCUCGGGAGAACGGCGGAAGAUUUUAAGGAGCCGUUCACCAGUGAUUUGCCGGAAAUAAGGGAACUUGGGCUGGAAUUGGUGUCGAUAAGAUCAGUUAAACAUUAUACCCUCCAACAGAUAUUCCAUAAUGUCAACAAAGAUACAACGGACAAGCUCAAGUAUUCCGAAAGGAUAGUUGCUAUGGUCUACCCAUGGUUACAUCAUGCCAUUUACAGAGGAUUGUCGGAUUCUCGAACUGAGGACGAGAAAGAGAUGAUUACUGACCAAUACUUCCGGAGGAUACAGACAUAUGCGUUUGAACAUUCCGACUAUAAACCAUACUUGGUCUUCACAGAGGUUGUAAUGAAAAAGAACUUGCAAUAAAUACGUGUCUAAUCAAUUUGGAUGUCCACUGAUAGUGUAUUGAUAGUUAAAUACAAUAUUAAAUAGAUAUUUUAGUUGUGAGGGACAUUACAAGUAUAUUCCAAUUUAAUCUACCCUAUUAAUCAUAUAAACAAGUAUAUAUUGAACAUUUAAAAUAAGACGUAUUACACUUUUUUGCAUUUAAAUCAUUACAUAUAUUGACUGCUGAGUAAUUAAGGUAUCAUUGUGUCAACAGAAUUCAGCGUACAGGCAUUAUCUUUCAGCUGACAAAAUAGUAUAUAUUUAUGUAUUGUUAUUUUCAUCAGUAAGAGUUUUGGUUUUUGUCAUGUUUAUUUCAAUGUAAAUAAAAAAAAAUCAUAAACAAGUAAAAAUGGGAAACAAAUCUGUAACCGAUGGGAGUAAAUAUGAAUCUGAUAUCAUCACUUUGACACAACUUAUUUUCCUCGCCAGUCAGAACGGCACUUUCUAUUUACCGCAUUGAAAUCAGACUAUUUUCUGUUAAGAUCAAAAUGAAGCGAAUAUAGAAUAUGUACUUCUGCAAUAUACGUAGCAGACUUUGAAGAAAUACGGAUUUGACAGCUGUUUAAAGCACUCGCACAACUUAAUAACUUACUAUAUGCUAUUACUAGUGACCCCAUCCCUUUAUUCGCUCGUUUGAAGUUAAAAUGAUGUGAAAUUUAUUUCAAAUUAAAGUUUGAAGAUUUUUCU